AUGGGUCGAGCUGCUAUGUUAAUGUACAUGUGGGAGAAACACUGGAUUAUGGUGGCUGGUGCAUUAAUAAAAGGUGUUAUCAGUAAAUGCGUCAUCUGCCGAAAGUACCGUGCCAAGUCUUCAGAACAAAAGAUGGCCGCAUUGCCAAGUGAGCGUGUGCUCAGCGACAAUCCUGUCUUUUAUCACACCGUGCUGGAUAUGUUUGGGCCAUUUCAGGUCAAGCAAGGUAGAAGUCAAGUAAAAAGAUAUGGACUUCUGUUCACAUGUUUAGCAACAAGGGCUAUACACCUAGAAAUUGUGCACACAGCCAAUGCAGACUCCUGCCUGAAUGCGAUAGGGAGAUGUGUAUGCAGGAGAGGGUUAAUUUCCUCCAUCAGAACUGAUAACGGAACAAAUUUUGUGGCUGCAAGCAAUGAGUUAAGCAAAGCCGUGGAAACAUGGAACAGAAGUCAGAUCCGUCAAUGGCUGGCUCAACAUGGAAUUCAAUGGGAAUUCAAUCCACCCGGUGCUUCCCACUUCGGUGGCGUGUGGGAGCGCCUAAUUAGAGUUGUCCGCCAGGUUAUGGAUGGAGUUCUAAAAGAACAGCAUCUUCGACUUGAUGAUGAGGGUCUUUGUACCUUGUUUUGUGAGGUAGAACACAUAUUAAAUGGAAGGCCGAUUACCAGAGUAUCGUCAGAUACAGACGACUUGCGACCAUUAACACCGAAUAUGAUUCUAACAAUGAAUGAAAAAUAUGUACUCCCACCCGGAUUUUUCGAUAAAACAGACAUUUAUGUCCGAAGGCGGUUUCGCCAUAUACAAUAUUUGGCCAAUUUAUAUUGGACAAGAUGGCGUAAGGAGUAUUUGCCUCUAAUGCAAAAGAGGCAAAAAUGGCUGUAUCCGAAGAGAAAUUUGCAAAAAGGAGACAUUGUGCUAAUUGUUGACGAUUCAUUACCCAGAAGUACUUGGCUCCUUGGACGAGUUAUUGAAACCAAAGCAGACAGCAGAGGACUUGUUCGGUCAUGUAAGGUGAAAACACAGCAUUCUACCUUAGAAAGACCCAUUACUAAAUUGUGUUUGUUAAUGGAAUCAGAGGACAAUGGGGCAGAAUAA